AUGACUUUCAAAGGCAUGUUAAAGAUUUUAGUUAACGAUUACAAGAAACAACAAGAACAAAAAAUGGUUUCAAUUGUUGACGAACUAGUCCGAACACGUAACGAAUUGAAAGAAGUGAAAGAAAGGCUCCACAAUUUACAGUUAACUUCACCUUCGUCAUCGGAAUUUCACUCAGAACCAGUGCCUGUUCUAAGUCUAUUUGUUCAAUAUAAUGGACUUUUCAAUGAACUAUGUCAUAUAAAGCAAACAAUGACUAUUACAGAACUGUUGAUUACACUUCGAGCCAUAAUUGGAAUUCCUCUUGAAAAUCCUAUACAUAUUCGUGUGCUCAGUGAAGAUGGUCUAACAACGUUAGUCUUUCUUCAUAAAAAUCUGGAUCGAACAUUGGACUUCUACAGCGGACAAUUAAAAUCGCGCAUGAUUCUACGCGUCGAAGACGCUGAUAUGCCAACGAAUAUCACAAGACCGCCAUAUCUGCGUUCGAAAAGUACCACAAGUAGCGAACGCACCUAUUCAUUUGAAUCAGAUGUUUAA